CUUUUCCUCGAAUUGGAGCGCGCGGCGUAGCGUUGCAAGGGGGCCCGGCGACUCCUCGCGACGUCGUCUACGUUCCCAACGUGCACGGCACUGCCUAUUGACGUCUGCAGUAGGCGUGGUUUCACUCUGGCCGAUAGAGGGAUAUAUUUACCGCACACACAACUUUUCUCUCUGGUGCGCGAACGGAGAGGCUCGCGUUAUUCGAUUAAUAAUGUGUAUUUGCAGUGCGAGGUUUGAUGCGACCGGUGCACGGCGCGAAACCGUGGCCACUCCUCGGCACAGGGGCUGAUUCCUCCGGGCGCACGCACCUUUCCUGGCCGGGGGUGACUUUUUCUCUCUCCUCGAACCAACACCACGCAGUGCUCUCUUUCUCUCUCAUCAUCGUGUGUGUGCCUCCACGGGAAAAAUCAACCGAUUCGAGGUCCGUCGGUGCUCCAACCAUAGUGGAAGUGUGCUCGCCGUGUCGCGAUCCCUCUGACAGCCUUCUCCUCUAUUUCUCCACCGACGUCAACAUCUCUUCGUCGUCUUCUGCGUCGCGUCGUGGCCCGGUGCUGCCGUGCUCUUCUGCUGAUCAUCGUGGGACCGAUAUCACCUGUCUCCGUCGUCCUCGCGGACGACCCUUCUCUACCGAGGCUCUUUCAAAAACUUUCCCUUCUUAUCACACCUUGAAGAAUGGCGGGUAACGGCGUUCCGGUCUUAUUGGUCACUGCGAACGUUGGCAGUAUUUUCGAGGAGCCUAGCGUGAUGUUGAAAAUUUGGACGGAGGAAUUUUUAUCUACUAUACUGAGGCUGGAACCGAAAUUUAUUGCAUUGCACUGCCAAGAAAUAGGUGGAAAAAGUUAUGAGCACAGUAUGAGACAGGUGGAAGACUUUGUUAGGUUACUAAUGUCAUCGGAGGAAUUAAGGCUGUUUGACAAAAUUAGAGUAUUCUUAGACGAAGAUUAUUCCUCUGCUGAACAUUUUACGGCACUUGGAAAUUUUUACUUUGUGCACGAAUCUUUGAAGGAAGUUUUAUUAUGGGACUUCCAAGAAUGUACUUUUAUACCGGUGAAUGGAAGGGAGGUUCAUUCUGGUAAUAUAGAGGCAGUCACGACCAAAGAAAAAGCAAAGUUCCCUCAGGAAUUUUUUCCAGAAUGCAAAUGGUCCAGAAAAGGAUUUCUGAGAACACGAUGGAGUAUUGGUGGAACUGUUUUUGAUCUCAUAAACAUACACUUAUUUCACGACGCCAGUAAUUUCAUUGCUAUGGAAACAUUUCCAUCCGUAUAUAGUAAAACGCGUAGAAGAGCGCUCGAGCAUACGUUAGAUAGGUUUCAUAACGAUAAAUAUCCAAAUGUACCAUACUUUUUAUUCGGAGACUUUAAUUUUAGGACAGACACAGCUAGUGUAAUCAAAAAACUUACAGAAGAUACUCAAGAGAGAAGGUUAUCGAAUAAAGGAAGUAUUUCAAAGCUGCAGUUUCACAAUAAAGACGAUGAUCUCAUAUUAACAUUAGGGAAAAAAGAAUUUUCUCAUUACGAGCAUCAAAAUGUUUUUAUGCAAAAUGGUGGACAAUGGCUACGUGAAUAUGACAGAGAGCUGGAUGACUUCGACGGAAGAUUAUUGGAAUUUCCGAUUAAAUUUGUACCCAGUUAUCCGUUCGAGGAGGAUAUCAACGAGGGCUCGAAUUAUAUGCAAACUAGGGUACCGGCUUGGUGCGAUCGUGUUCUCCUGAGUCCUACAGCUAAAUUGCUAGUCCAAGAUGUAUCGUCGCCGGAUGCCGUGGAUUAUGGAAUAAUAGGUCCAACGACUUGUAUGGGCGACCAUAAGCCAGUCUACUUGAGGGCUAGUCUCAUCUUGGACGAAGGUAUGAUAAACUGCUGCAGCUUGCCGAGUGCACCUGAGUUUUGCUUUCGAGUGCCGAACAAUUACGUGGAAUUGUUCUCCAUGUUGCCUGAUUACAGUAGUUGCGUUAGCGGACAGGUCAAUUACACGGACCGUUCCUCUAAUCUGUUGCACGCAGCACCUAUUAAGCAUGAUCCUUAUACCCCAGACAGUAUGGACAGUCCAAGUCCAAACGCUAUAAUGACAGCCUCAACCGAGGUCCCUGACGUAGUAGACGUAGAUAACAUCAACAACGUGUCCACGUUGCACUUCACGCAAGCGUCUAACAUAAUCAGCAGACGUAUGGAUAGAGCAGUGUCGCCUGCAUUGUUGAAGUCUAAGCUAGAAUUAAUCGUACGAAGUAAGAAAGAAGAGGACACGGAUCAAGAUUUCGCCGAUAUCAAAAGAAAUCCCAGCGAUUGUUGCUUACAUUCUUGGUCGAACGCGGACGAGCGAGAAUCGACGGUGAGAAGAAACAGAUGUAACAGCGACGUGUCGUGGCAAAGGUCUCAUCUUCUAACCGAGGCAUGGGUUCAGGGUAAAGGACAACAGGCGUAUCGUUCCUUUAGGGACUUCGUCAAUAGAUCAUCGUUGGAUUCGACACCGCCGAACGGUGUCGAAGGUCUCUCCUCGGACUUGAUCAUACCGAGGAUAUCGAUCAUAAACGCUAGCAAUUUCGUGUCGAACGAGAGCUCCGUGUACUUACACGAGGAUAAGUACAGCAAUUACUCGGACAACAAGCUGACCACCUACUCGGACGGUCGAACCAAGAGUUUGAGCGGAGAGGCGUUUAGUUCUGGAAAGUCGGAUGAGUUGAAGAAAACGGACGACGAGAACAACAGACUGAGUUCGAAGAAACUGGAGAUCAACGAGAGCGUAUAUUUGCAGAAUAUAAGCGAGCUUAUAACGAAACAGGACAAGGAUACGUGUGCAAUGAUAGUCGGUACGAAUCUGUUCGAGAAGGAGGAUCAGGUGAACGAAGAAACAAUGUUGGACGUUAAGGAGAAACGUUUGAACAAAGUUAUAGAUAGCUUGCAGAGUAUAGAGGAUAACAAUAGUAAAAAUCAACGUACACUCGCGGAGGAUCCAGUUCUUGAUAAGCCUAGCGUUAAGAGUAGAGUUACGAGUUUGGACAAAUCUGCGGAGAACUUAGGCGAAUACAACGCGGAACAGAUAGGGGUUCAUCUUGGAAGUAUCGAGGCGGAUGACAAGCUUGAGGUAGCGGAAAGUUUUGCUGCGACGAUUUACAAAGAGGCGGAAAUUUUGAAAUGCGACAGAAGAGGUGAAACGAUAGUCUCUCGACAGACUACGAGGAGCAAUUCUGUGCAAAGUCAGGAUACUAGCGAUAAUACAGGGGACGUUAGAAUGAAAUUAAAAGCGUUCGAUGCGACGGAGAAGAGUAAGCAGCAUAAUAUCGUGGAGAAGGAAAACGCGAUGAACGAGGACUCCGAAUCGGGUACGAUGUCCAGCUUAAGCAGUCGUGAGAUAUUCAACAACAAUAACAACAACCACAGCAACAACAAUAAUAACGGGGCGACCACCAUCACAAGAUACAUUCACGUUAAACACGCGGGCUCGUCGGUUAAGAUUUUUCGCGAGACAACCGUCUGAUAUCGAACUUGUUAAAUCUACAAUGUAAAAUAACGUUUCACCAACUUCUCCCCUGCAAUGCACUAUGGGUAUUUCAACGCUUUCGCGACACAGCAGCGACUACCGAUAUUCCCGCGCGAACUUUACGCCGCGUCACUUUUUGAAACUGUUCGAGAAUCGAAAU